AUGGAAGGAGCCAAAAGGCAAAGUUUGGAGGAAGACUCUGAAGGACAGGCCACACACACAGGACCCAAAGGAGUAAUAAAUGAUUGGAGAAAGUUUAAAUUGGAGAGUGAAGAUAGUAAUUCAUUCCCACCCAGCAAGAAGGAGAUUCUCAGACAAAUGUCUUCUCCUCAGAGUAGAGAUGACAAAGACUCAAAAGAAAGAUUCAGCAGAAAGAUGAGCGUUCAAGAAUAUGAGCUAAUCCACAGAGAAAAAGAAGAUGAAAAUUGCCUUCGUAAAUACCGUAGGCAGUGUAUGCAGGAUAUGCACCAGAAGCUGAGUUUCGGGCCUAGAUAUGGGUUUGUCUAUGAGCUGGAAUCUGGGGAGCAAUUCCUGGAAACCAUUGAAAAGGAGCAGAAAAUAAUCACAAUCAUUGUUCACAUUUAUGAAGACGGUAUUAAGGGUUGUGAUGCUCUAAACAGUAGCUUAAUAUGCCUUGCAGCUGAAUACCCUACGGUCAAGUUUUGUAAAAUAAAAGCUUCUAAUACAGGCGCUGGGGACCGCUUUUCCUCAGAUGUACUCCCCACACUGCUCGUCUACAAAGGUGGGGAACUCAUAAGCAAUUUCAUUAGUGUUGCUGAACAGUUUGCCGAAGAAUUUUUUACUGGGGAUGUGGAAUCUUUCCUGAAUGAAUAUGGGUUAUUACCUGAAACAGAAAUGCAUGUCCUAGAGCAGAGCAACACGGAAGAAGAUAUGGAAUAA